AUCUCAAACACGCCCAACCAACAUUUCUCUCUCCAACAAAACAUCAACAAAUACAUAAAUAAUAAUAAGCCUCAGCAACAUAACAUGGAACAAGAGGCUUAAUCACCAGGAGAAAAACUCAUUAUAUUUGUUAAAUACCCUUAAAUAUCAUCUAGCUUAUAACUUGCAUUCAUUUUUUGUUAAACCCGCAAUUCCUAGUUCUUCCGGUUUAUUUAUUUGUUUAUUCAUAUCUGUUUUAUUCUAUCCGAACGAUUUGCGAACUUAGCCCCGCCUCUUUCUAUAUACACAUUUCAUUUCCCUGCAACCCAUAUUCCGCCCUACCAGAAAACAGGGCUCGUUUGAUCAGGAAAGGAAAUAAUGGCCUACCAAGGCGACCGGGUGUCCUAUCCAAACGCGGCCACUCGAGACCGAGACCCCUCCCGCUCCCCCUCCCUCUCGCCCACGCCAGCCAUCUCCUCUUGCCCUUCGCCCGACCGCACCUUUUCCACCAUAUCAACCGUCUCAUCCGUCUCCAAUUUCUCCGGCGAUGCAAAAUCAUCCGUGUCCACUUCCUCGCGCAGACGAGGAUACAUACGACCCCAGGGCGUGGAAUUCGCCGAAUCCGCAAAGAACCGCGAGAGCGUCAUGAGCCUAGGCAGCAUCGCGCAUUUGCAGUAUUAUUUUGCGAGAACGGGCUUGCUGGAUGGUAAAGGCGCGCAGUUUGCCAAGGCGAACCACAAGAAAAACGGUGAGCAGCAGAAGCAGGAAAUUCCCAAGCUGAUGCUGUCGCAGCAGCCGCAGCUGGGCGAGGAGUUUGUUGAGAGCCCCAUCGAGGAUAUGGGUGGCGGGUAUGAUGAGCUGGGAGAUGAAGAGUGGGAUGAGAAUGAGCCUAUCAUGUUGCCGCCGACUGUUAGCACAUACAGUAUCCGCAACCACUACAUACCUCCGCCUCCGGACUUGGAGUCGUUGAGGAGGGAGCUGCAAACUGCGUUGGCAAAGGCGCGGUUUGUGUUGACGGCGGCAAAGGAACAAUUGACUCCGCAAUUACUGUCGCCGACACCGAGAGAUCGCUCGCCAGAUGGCCUAUCGGAACCGGAGGAUGAGGCCACCACCUCGGAGACGCCUACGGCAGCCAAGUCCCCGCGGGGGUGGCACGAGAUUGAGGGCAUGCAUAUUUUGGAUGUGGUCACGCUUGCCAUCCGUGCUGCGAAGAUAUACUACACGGCGCAUGAGAAUCCGGAGCGAUUGGCGACCAUCAAAAGUGAGCGGAAGAUACGGGAGGAGUUACUGGAGAUUUUGGAAGUUUUGAAGAAGUGGGCUACAAGGAAUUUUGUAGGUGGGUUGAAGGAUGAGGAACGGGCGACUAUUCUCGCGUGGAUUACUGAGGUUGGUGAAAUGCUUGAUGAAGAGCGGAAGCUCGAGGAGAAAGAAAUGCAAAGGCGGUCGAGCUUCAUCUGGGCCAAUGGGGAAUGGGGUGGAAGAGAGCAUGAGCAAGCGGGAUCAUUUCUCCAGUGCCUGGAGACGAGCAAUCGACCAUUACCGGCCUGGGACUCUGCGGAGACGAAUCCACUCCCAACACCUCUCCUCGAGCGUCUAAAGGACGGCAGGGACCUGAUCAGAUUCCACAACGAGGCCGUCAAACUCUCGCACCGCCAAUUUGGCGAGAUUAAAUCGUACCAUGAAAAUGUUGCCAAACCAUAUCGGCUGGCUGAUAACUUGCGGUAUUGGAUCAAGGCGGCCGAAAUCCGGUGGGAGAUCAAGCUUGAGAUGGAUGUGAUGGCAGUGGUCAAUGGCGGGGACGACGAGGCAUGGAGAAAGUUUGACACGGCGCUGAUGACCUGGUGUAAGGGCGUUCGAGAGGAGCUGGUGCGCGAUUGGAAGGAGAAAGGCUCCCGUACUAUGACACAGCCCCUAGAAUCGACAUCCCCCGCGGACUCCGGGACGGCACCGGCCGUCCAAGGGCUUGGGAUUGACGCGUUGUAAUCAUAAUUAUGGUAGGCAGGCAAAUGUGCACAGGAGAGGCAAAAACGCGGCGUCAAAACUCUUUUCUCUCCCCGAUCUUUUGGUUUUAUAAUUUUUAUUAUUACUAUUUUGAUUUUUGAUUUUUUACGAGAUUCACGAUGUUUAACUGGUACCGCUUUGGCCUCCACAGGUGUCUUCUCAUUUGAUACCCUUUUCUUCUUCUUCUUCUUCGUUUAUAUAUAUACAUAUCAUAUGGUGUUUUGCUUCUCACGCGCUUAGCUGCUGCGACGCUGUCAGUUACUUGAUGCACACCACGUUUGAAUCAUUUACUGUCGCCGGCACCGACCCCUCCUCCUCUCCCAUCACAUUCCUGGGAAUCUCGGUUGUAUUUGUCUAUUGGAGUAGAACCCCUGCGGAAUCCCGCCUGUUAUAUAAUAUACAUACAUAGAUUGAGCGGACAAAUAUGUCCAUGAAAUGAUUUAACAUGACCGAUAUAUUGUUGCUCUGGAAUAUUGAAGCGUCGUUUUAUAUAUAAAUCUGGUUUCCGGAUGAAAAUAUGUAUCUGGAUAUAAAU